CAACAGCAGCAUCUGCAGAGCUCACACCAGUCCUCGCCAGUCUGAACUGAGACGCCGUGUGACAAGGGGCGUUACAAAACUUGGCAAGUGUACGUUUGACUGUUUCGGGUUAAUACAUUACACAGUGGAAUGUCAUGGCGACCUUUAACAAUGAGUAUCACCUUCGUCGUGGGGAAGUGACAGUGAGUUUCCAGUGUUACAGACUUGAGGAGCUACAGGCGAGCAGCAGCGACAGCAGGAGUAGCGACACACGAGGAAGGACAGAUCAGGAGGAACAAAGACAGCAGCGCUAAGCGCCGUCAUGGCGCAACAUGUACCCGUGCCACCGUCGUCCCGCUCCGCCGCCGCGCUGCUGGGGCGCCUCUCACCCAUGGUAUGUCCCUUGGCAAAGUUGGGUCGAGCGUCUCCGUCCAUCGACUCAAAGGUUGCUUACCAUCUGACCCGUGGAUCCCAAAAGUCUCCUCAGCCACUGGAAACAUCAGCAGUUAGCUACCAUCUCGACCCAUCAGCCUACCAUCGCACCACGGCCAGGGCCUCCCCUGCCCAGUUGGACCAGACCGGCUAUAAGCAAAUCGAACAAGGUUACCACGUUCUUGGGCGAACCUCGCCUCCGUUAGACUGUGGCUUCCAACUCCGCAGUUCCCCCGCACUGAGGAGAGCGUCUUCUCCAACACUGGACCAUCUUCAGUGUUACCAUCAACCUACAGAUCAAACUUACAAUUCUCACCACAAACUUGGACGUUCUUCGCCGUCUCUGGACCAAGGUUACCACACUCUGGUAUCUCCGAGCCCUGGACCAUCUACUCCUGGCCCUUGGACUGAACCUCACCCCCCGCUUGUACCGCUUCCCUCAGCAGCAGCUGAACCUCCCAACACUGGCGCAAUGUUGAAAGGCAAACGCUUUCAUUCGAAGAAUUCUCCGUUUGAUCGUCUGCCGGAUGAGGCCGUGAUCAAGAUCUUCUCGUGGCUGGACAGUAGUGAGCUGUGUGUUUGCGCAAGAGUGUGUAGACGGUGGGAUCACCUCGCUUGGGACCCGCGAUUGUGGAGAACAAUCACAUUGAGCGGAGAGGCUGUGUGUGGGGACAGGGCGAUCCGGGGCGUUCUCAGGCGACUCUGUGGACAGGGACGGACCGGCGCAUGUCCUAACGUAGAGCGUGUGUUUCUGAGUGACGGGGCUCGGCUCACUGACAGGGGAUUGACUCUCUUGGCUAGGCGAUGCCCAGAACUCACCCAUCUACAACUUCAUGGGUGCAAUACUGUGACCAAUCCGACACUCUUCGACCUCGCAACUCGAUGCUCCAACCUCCAGCACCUCGAUCUUACUGGGUGCACACGAAUAUCCUGCAUCAGCGUAACACCGGGCCCAGAACCGCCCCGGAGGCUUCUACUCCAGUACCUGGAUCUGACGGACUGCCAUGCCGUGGAGGACGGAGGACUCCGGGUCAUCGUAAGGAAUUGCCCACAGCUGGCCUAUCUCUAUUUGAGACGCUGCGUCCAAAUUACAGACGCUGGCAUAAAAUACGUACCAAGUUUCUGCUCAAUGCUACGCGAACUGAGUGUAUCCGACUGCACCCAAGUAACAGACUUUGGCCUAUACGAACUGGCCAAGCUAGGAGCGACACUGCGGUACCUAUCAGUGGCAAAGUGCGACCAAGUGUCAGACGCUGGUCUCAAAGUGAUCGCCAGGAGAUGCUACAAGCUGAGGUACCUUAACGCUCGGGGCUGCGAAGCAGUUAGCGACGAUGCCAUUACCGUCUUGGCCCGGUCCUGCACUCGACUCCGAGCUCUAGACAUUGGUAAAUGUGACGUCAGUGAUGCAGGACUGAGAGCGCUCGCCGAGAGCUGCCCGAACCUCAAGAAACUGAGCCUCAGGAGCUGUGAUCUUGUGACAGAUAGAGGCGUACAGUGUAUUGCAUAUUAUUGCAGGGGACUACAGCAGCUUAACAUUCAAGAUUGUCAGAUAUCCCUCGAAGGUUACAGAGCUGUUAAGAAAUACUGUAAACGAUGUAUCAUCGAACAUACGAAUCCAGGUUUCUUCUAAAGGAUACUUCAAUCAGUGUUGUGUAACUUUUGCUCCAUACACAAAUCAUGAUGCAGCUGUAAAUGCAUCAUCUGUCGUUCUUUUUCACCAGUUUGAAGAGUUUCAAUAAAAAGAAUCGUGUCAGUUCUAAGACAGGCCUAUAAGGGCAGUGUUGUUCCAUAGGUUUCAUUAUAACCCCUUAUUGAUACUUCCUUACAACAAUGUAGGCUUUGUGGUACUCGCAGCAGUGGUUAUGAAGAGUUCUGUCGCCCACAGUAUAACGCUAUGUAGUCUGCUGAAAAUCAGCUUUCAAUGGACUACAUAUUAUGAAUAUUCCAGAGGAAAGAAAUUUUCUUCCCUCCAUAUAGUUACCUUUUCAUUAGUUGGCACAUGGCGGAACAAUCCAAACGUUUUGAUGUACAAGGUUAGAAUCAGCAGAAGUCAAUUUGAAUGACUGGUCACGCGGUAGGGCACGCCCCACAUAAAUAUACACUCUACUAUUUCUGGCAUCCCAUAGGAAAUAUGCUUCUGAGUUUCUUUACCUUCAGUUGUCUGUAAAUUGGAACAUCCACCGUCUUCCAAGUUUAAACAUGAAGACAACUGAAUUAAUUUCAGACAAGAAAGGGAUUGACCGGGUCUUCCCUUACACUGUGUGAUCCUUUGUGUCCAGUACAUUGGUUUUUCAGAUUACCCAUAUGAAAUACGUAAAUCUAUUGUUCACUGUGGCGCUGUAAUACUCUGCUCUCUUCUGUAACGUAAUUUCUUAUUGCUUAGCAGUGCCAUCAGCAAAAUUUGCACAAUCUCAAUUAGUCCAUUUUGCUCAUUCUGUCUCACAAAACCUGUCAUAUUUUCCGGAUAUCUUUCCAAUAGCUGUCCUCUACUAAAGAUAAACUUACAAAAAUUUAUAGUAUCACAAACAUAUCUGAUCACAUAUAUACCAAAUUAUGUUAAGUCCUGCCUGUAAAAAAAAAUCAUAAAUAUGAUUGCAGUAUCACCGCUUACAGAAAACAACCCCAAUACAGUUUCACUACUGUUAUCAGUCUCAUUUUUAUAUUGAAGAGACGGCAAAGAAUAUGGUGGGUGUAGAACUGGUCAACCUUGAUGAUUUUGCUGUUCACUUAGGGACACACUAAACUUCAGUGUAACAACAGCAAUGACCCGAGUUCUCCAAACAUCAUGCCGAUAUUUUCAUCUUAAACAGUACAGAGGAGCAGAACUUGGCAAUGCCGCGCCUCCUUUCCACUGCGGGAUAGUAUGUUCGUAAUAUGCCGGUUAUGUGAUAUGAAUUACGUGGCCACGGUGACAAUAUAGUGCAUCUCAGCACUACUUCAACAGAGGUGGAGAGCUUUAAUUCUCAGAUAGUUGGAAUGAGACGUAGUUAGGAAGUUCCAUAGCACGUCAUUAAUCUGUGGUGUUGGCCUAAUUGCAUGUUCACAGUUAACAAGAAUUAGUCUCCCGUACAUGUGUACGUAUAAACUGUGCAAUCGAGGAACGUGUAUGACACAUAUCAGUCCAAGAAUUUCUUGGUAUCGCAAAAAUGGUAAAGUGGCUCACUAUUUUGUUUAGCGUGUAAUUUCAUGCAAAGAAAUUCGCUUAGGAUCUAAGUGGUUUAUUUUACAUCCCAUGCGGUCAGAGACGAAAUAUAACACUUGGAAGUCAUUUAGGAAAGGUAAAUUGUGAUCCACUUCACUCUAGGUUGGGCUGAAGAGACCACCCACACUGUUUCAUGGAAAAACCACUUCCACUUCCGGUUGUAGUGGAUCAUUUAGAUUCAAUUUACACCACGUAGAUAUUCGCUUGCUGCUAUCAUUGUAUUUUCUCAAUUUAUUCUGCGAUCCUGUAGAUGGAUGCAGCAUGCUCCUUCGAAUUGUUGACAAACUUCGCCCAGCCUACAUGACAGUACACGCCUGAAGACAGUACACUUCAUACUCACUGCCGAGAGAACCUAAAAUCUUUUCAGAAGUCCUGUUUCCAGGUUCUGCUCUUCUUUCUCAGAGCAUUCUGUCUGGCACCCCCUUACUUACUUGCUAACUUAUGGAGCUGAGCCCUUCUUGAGGAGAAGCCAGUUCUGCACCUACUGGAGAAAUUCCCAGCAUCUUACGGAACCCGAAGGUUCAUUACCGUGUUCACAAGAGUCCUCCACUGGUUCCUAUCCUGAAUCAGAUCAGUCAA